AUGAAGAUCAAAUUCUUUACUGUUGCCCUUGUACUUGCAGCUCUCCACGGAACAAUGGCCGGCGAUCCCGACAUUCUAUCCGACUUCAUCGUUCCUUCGGGCAAUCAAACCGUGGAUGGGAACUUUUUCACGUUCACAGGUAUGCGGGUUUUAGUCGAGGCUCCAGACGCAACAACUUUCAAGGUUUUCAAAGCAAGUAUGGCUGAAUUCCCAGCUCUUAAUGGCCAAAGCGUUUCCUACGCGGUUCUUGAUUUCCCUCCUGGUUCUGUCAACCCUCCCCACGCUCAUCCACGAGCGUCUGAACUCUUGUUCGUUCUCGGUGGAUCGUUGCAGGUGGGCUUCGUUGACACCACCAAUAGGCUUUUUACUCAGACACUUGAGACUGGUGACCUUUUCGUGUUUCCUAAGGGACUUGUUCAUUUCCAGUAUAACGGUGACGGAAAGAAUCAAGCUUUUGCUGUAUCCGCGUUUGGCAGUGCGAACGCUGGAACGGUAUCGGUUCCGAAUUCGGUUUUCAAUAGUAGCAUUGAUGAUGGGAUAUUGGCCAAGUCUUUCAAGACGGAUAUCGUCACUGUUCGUAAAAUCAAGGAUGGGCUUUCGGGCAAGAUUUGA